AUGUCCACCGCCGCGUUCUCCCGCGGGCCAUGCGCGACGGCAUCGACAUCCGCGUCGACGUCCCCUGCUCGCGCGCGCCGUAUCGCCCCGCGUCGGCCCUCCGGAAGAGCGCGCGGGAGCAGGACCCGACGCGGGGCUUCUCCGAGGGCGCCGGAGGCGUCCGCCGCAUCCGCCGCGACGUCCACCUUCUCCGCGCUCCCCGUGCUGCAGCUCCCCGACGAGGACUGCACUCCGGAGGAGGAGGCGGCGUUCUGCGUUCGGUUGAGGGACGUGUGCCACACGGUGGGCUUCUUCUACGUCGCCAACCACGGGAUAGCCCCGAAGGUCACCGUCGACGUGUUGGAAGCCUCGCGCGCCUUCUUCGCCCUCCCUCACGACGUCAAGCAAGGCAUCGCCAACGUCAACUCUCCCGCGUUCAGGGGAUACGUCCGCCUGGGCGCGGAGAACACCGCGGGCAGGCCGGACUGGAGGGAACAGAUCGAGAUGGGGGUGGAGGCGGACGCGCCCGGUGAAGAGACGGGAGCGGAGGCGGACGCAGCAGGAGUCGACGCGGACGCAGCAGGAGGAGUCGACGCGUACACAGCUGGCGACCGUCCGGUGUACGACGUCCUCGUGGGUCCGAACCAGUGGCCGGAGGAGAGCGCGUGCCCGGGGUUCAGACGACGCGUGACCGCGUUUCUGGACGACGCGGCGUCGCUCUCGAGGCGUCUCAUGGAGCUCCUGGCGUUGAGUUUGGACCUGCCCAGAGACUUUUUCGACGACGACUUUCGAGGGCGACCGAACGUUCAGGCGAAGAUAGCGUCGUGCCCGUCCGCGCCCGAGGGUUCGCCUUCCUCGGCUUCCUCGUUCGGCGUGGGCGCGCACACGGACAGCGGGUACCUCUCGCUGCUGCUGCAGGACGACGUGGGGGGACUGCAGGUCCAGAACGGGCACGGGGAGUGGAUCGACGCGAUGCCAAUCGACGGCACGCUGGUGGUAAACCUCGGCGAGAUGUUGCAGCUCAGGACGCGCGGGUACUACCUGGCGACGCCGCACAGGGUGGUGUCCAAGGCGGCGUCCGGUGCGGGGUCGCCGCCGCGGUUGAGCGUGCCCUACUUUUGGAAUCCACGUCUGGAUGCGGUGAUCGAACCGAUGGAGAGCCUUCCGGAGACGCUGACGUGGCUGAGGCCGGAGCCGGAGGACGUCGCGGAGACGCGAUCGCACGGCGACGGAGGCAACAGGCUGAUCGGUCUCACCCCGAGGUGA